CUCAAAAGAAAAAAAAUGUCUAACAUUGUUAUUGUUUUCGACUUUGACAAAACCAUCAUUGAUUGUGACAGUGAUGAUUGGGUCAUUGAUCAAUUUGGUUUCACUGAUUUCUUCAAUCACCUCCUUCCCACCACGCCUUUGAACUCCCUCAUGGAAAGAAUGAUGAUGGAGUUUCAUUCACAUGGUAAAAGCAUUGAAGACAUUGAAAAAGUUCUUCAUAGGAUUCCUAUUAACCAAAGAAUAAUUUCUGCAAUUAAAUCAGCACAUGCUUUAGGGUGUGAUUUGAGGAUUGUGAGCGAUUCCAAUACAUUUUUCAUUGAAACGUUUUUGAAGCAUUUGGGAAUAAGUGAAUGCUUCUCAGAGAUUAACACUAAUCCUGGUUAUGUUAAUCAAGAAGGAAGAUUAAGAAUUUUGCCUCAUCAUGAUUUCAAUAAGGCUUCACAUGGUUGUCCUCUCUGUCCUCCAAAUAUGUGCAAGGGUUUGAUCAUAGAUAGAAUCCAAAGUUCAAUUCUUGAAGGGGAUAAUAAUAAGAGGUUUAUUUAUCUUGGUGAUGGUAUUGGAGAUUAUUGUCCUAGUUUGAGGCUUAAAGAGAGAGAUUUCAUGAUGCCAAGGAAGAAUUUUCCAGCUUGGGACUUAAUAUGCAAAGACCCUUCACUUCUUAAGGCUGAAAUUCAUGGUUGGAGUGAUGGAGAAGAGUUAGAACAAGUUUUGAUGAAGUUGAUUAGCAAAAUUAUGAUAGAGGAAAAUGUUCAAUUCAUUUCUUCUGGUUGCAAGCUGCAAUCUCUAUCAAUUCCUGUGCACCAGCCUCCAAAGAUAAUUCAUCUUACAAUGCUUGGAAUUUAA